UAACAACAGCAUAAAUAUUGUCUGCAACAUUAAGUGAGAACUUAAUGAAUUGAAUCCUCAUCGAUUCCAAUAUGGUCAGUGAUAAUACAAACUUCUUCAACAACCAUUCCCACACCUCCCCACAGCAUGUGCUCUGUAGCCAACAUAAAAGAUGAGCAUCUGUUCUCUAAUCACCUAGAGCUGUCCAUCGUACGGUUCAUCAGUCAGCUAUAAAAGUUGAUGGAACUCUGUUGAAAAGUUCUCCAAGAGAGUCGGCUGAAGGUGUGCAUUCCAGUGAUCGAGGGAUCAGUAAUGUGGCUGAUAACAGGCAUGAAAGAGCGCCUGGAUCCUCCUGAAAGAUUGAUCAGAGAACAUGAUAAUGCUGGUGAGCUCGACGUGAGAGGAGCUUGAAGAGGGACGCGCAAGGAAACGCGAGAAUGAAAGAAUCGUGUCAAGAUCGGGCAUCGUGCGAGGGGGAGGCAUGAAAUAGCGGACGAGGGUGUUCCAGUGGGUCGAGAAGGGGCUUUUCACCGAGCGACCGGAAGAAAGGGAAGGUCGACAUGGAGAAAUACGGGGUGGAACUCCCGAAACACGAGUGGAGCCAUAGGCUCAGUCUUCGUGCCAGUCGAAGAAGUCAUCAGGGCGAAGUGGCGGCUAGGUCCGUCGGCGGACCAGCGAGAAGCACCAGGAGGUGGGCCAGUUUGAGGCAGCACGUGAGCAGCAACGAUGGCGGCAAGCCUAAGGUCGAGCUACUGUUGGAUCCUCCGGGUUCCAAGUCGUCGACGCCGUCUUCGCAGCCUCACACACCGAACACACCCAAGACGCCUCACACACCCCUGAGGAAAUCCAACUGGGAGGUGAUAGAGCACUUCACCGGUGCACCGCGUCCCUCCAUCAUCACGAUGAACCGAGGAUCUGAAAUCGGCGUUGGGCUAACCGGGAAUAGCGUAGAGGCGACGCAGGAGGUGAACGUGAACACGCCGAUCACUCAACCGGCCAGGAAAUGUGCCCUCUGUCGGUUUCUGAAAUCGUUGUGCGCCUCCCAUCGGUUCAAGAACUUGCAGGUGGAGAUGCUGUACCAACGCUACUUCCUGAGGAUGAAUCAAAGUAACACGACCCACGUACUCGGUCUACUGGCAGGGCUGGCUCUGGCUCUAGGUCUGCUGUUAAUUCUGAGAAUCCUUCUGGAGGACAACCAGCAGUUUUUCGUCACUCUUGAAAGACCUGAGAACCUGUCCUUGGCGGUCACCCUGCUGAUCUGCAUCAUGGUUUAUGCUGCACUGGUAGCAGCCAUAUCAAGGCCAGGUAUGAAUGAGAUCUGGUUAGCUGGGGUCAGUGGGAUCGUCCUGGUGACAUUACUAGCCCUUCAACUGGCCCUCAACAUCCACCUGGCCCUUGGAUCAAAGGAGCACCGAAGCGGAGGCCCGCUAGCUGCAGCCUGGGCUGUUUGUUUCUUCAUCUACAUGGCGUACGCACUGCUGCCCAUUCGUCUGCGACACGCUUGCAUCGCUGGCUUCAUCUUCUCAUUGGCGCACCUGAUCGGCGCUUUCGCUCUCUAUCCUUCCCACUAUCCAGCCAUGAUGGAGCACUUGCUGAGCUCCAUCGUCGUGGUGGGAGGAACGAACAUGGCCGGUGUAUUAACGCACCAUCCUCGGGAAUUGGCGCAAAGACAGGCGUUCCUCGAGACUAGACAAUGCGUCGAGGCGCGUCUAACCACACAACGAGAAAACCAGCAACAGGAACGGCUCCUAUUGAGCGUGCUACCCAGACACGUAGCCAUGGAGAUGAAAGCCGACAUUGCUGGCAAGCCGAAGGAUACUAUGUUUCACAAAAUUUACAUUCAGAGACACGAGAAUGUCAGCAUCCUGUUCGCGGAUAUCUGCGGAUUCACCUCGCUGUCGGACCAGUGCACCGCCGAGGAGGUCGUCAGACUGUUGAACAAAUUGUUUGCUUGCUUUGAUACUCUGGCGGCUGAACAUCAUUGCCUGAGAAUCAAGCUGCUCGGGGACUGCUAUUAUUGCGUCUCCGGGCUUCCGGAACCGAGACCCGAUCACGCCCGAUGCUGCGUGGAAAUGGGAUUGGACAUGAUCAGCGCAAUUACGCUUUAUCGAGAGGUGGGUGCCGUGAACGUGAACAUGAGAGUGGGGAUCCACACAGGCAGGGUUCAUUGCGGUGUCCUCGGUCUGAGGAAGUGGCAAUUCGACGUUUGGAGCAACGACGUCACCCUGGCCAACUACAUGGAGAGCGGCGGAAUACCGGGACGAGUCCACAUCACGAAGGAGACCCUGGACUGCCUCGGCGGUUACUACGAGGUCGAGGAGGGUCAAGGAGGGGAAAGAAACGCGUACCUGAAGGAGCACAAUAUCAAAACGUACCUGAUCAUCCCCGGGGACACGUACAAGGGUAACAUACCCUCUUCCGGGUUGAGGAAAGGUUUACCAGCGAACGGGAAUGUAUCGAAAGAGAUGAGGGUGAUGGGUCACGGUUCACAGCGUGGAAAACAAGCAAAAUUGGGCUUUGGAGAGACUGCCGAGAGUAAAAAAGAUCCUGAAGACGAGGUGAACGAGUACCUGAUGAGAGCAAUCGACGCCAGGAGCAUAGAUCGAUUGAGGGCCGAAUAUUGUACACCUUUCAUUUUAACAUUUCGACGACCCGACGUCGAGGAAAAGUACUCGCGGGAGAGAGAUCGAAUGCUGUCCGCAUAUUUCGUGUGCUCUGGUUUCGUCUAUACGGUGGUCGUGAUUGCUAUAGCAAUCACUCUGUACGGGAGCGUAUACUUCUACACGUGCGUGGGAGUGAGUAUACUGUUGAUCGCCUCGAUCAAUGGGAUCCUCUUGGCGGAAAAGAACGAGAGGGUGCCACGAUGCCUUCGAAACUUCUCCGUGCACGUGUUCGAGAACCGUGGGGUCGCGCAAGCCCUGGCAACGUGUGUCGUCUUUCUCACCUUCGUCACGGCUCUCUCACCGCUGCUGACGCUCGAGGGUGGACGCGUUUGCAGCAACGGCACAGCAACGUUCCUCGAAUGGCCGGAUAAUUCCAGCGUCACCUUCCAGGGUAUCGAUGCACCUGUCGAUGUCUGCUACUACACCGUUUUCGCUGAUCUGUUCCCUGUGCUCGUGAUGCUGGUCAUGAUCACCUGUGCUGUCUAUCAAAUCCUGACAUCAGUGUUCAAAGUAGCUAUACUGAGUUUGGUGGUGGCUACCUACUUCGCCAUUAGCAUCCACGAGGCUUUGAACGAGAAGGACGUCGAACUAACUGGACGGUGGUUGGCAGGUGUUCUGGUGGUUUUCUUCAUGGCUUGCCUGGUCGCACACUCUCAACACACUGAGGCUACUUACAGACUGGACUUUCUGUGGAAGCUUCAAGCGACGGAGGAGAAGGAGGAAAUGGAGCACCUGAAGGCCUACAACCAGAAACUCCUGGCGAACAUUCUCCCAGAACACGUGGCUGCUCACUUCCUCUCCACAGUGAACUCUGAUGAGCUGUACCACGAACAGUGCGAUUUCGUUUGCAUAAUGUUCGCAUCGAUACCGAACUUUUCCGAGUUCUACGUGGAACUGGAAGCGAACAACGAGGGAGUCGAGUGUCUCAGGCUUUUAAACGAGAUCAUAGCCGACUUCGACGAACUCCUCGCCGAGGAGCGGUUCAAAUACAUAGAGAAAAUCAAAAGCACCGGCGCCACGUACAUGGCCGCUUCCGGACUGACGAGGAGCGCCUGCGACAUGAAAGAUUACAAGCACGUGACCGCGAUGGCGGAAUACGCGAUCAGGAUACGGGAACAGCUGGCCUCCGUUAAUGAACACAGCUUUAACAACUUCCGGUUGCGUGUGGGCAUCAAUAUUGGACCGGUCGUUGCCGGGGUGAUAGGCGCCCGAAAGCCGCAGUACGAUAUUUGGGGUAACGCGGUAAACGUGGCCUCGAGAAUGGAGUCGACCGGUGUCUUGGACGGGAUUCAGGUCACCCAGGAAGUCCGUGAUAUCCUGAUCGGUAAAGGAUAUCCUCUAACCUGUCGUGGCAGCAUUCAGGUGAAAGGCAAGGGCAGCAUGGUCACCUAUUUCCUCGAUGGACCUCGAAAUUCAACCGCCAACAACGAACUCAAGAUGAACAACGAUAACAAUGUGUGAACAAUUGCUCCUGGAACAAGCUAGAAAACGCUGAAAGUAAUCAAUUAAGUGAUCAAUGAAGUGUUUAAUGAAAAUUUAUAAAAUUCAACAUAGAGAUAUUGAAUGAUUGCUGAAGCAGUCUUUGGAAAACUUGGGUUACAUUUAUGUAGAAUGAAUUUCAUUUCUCCUCUUUCUACAGUUCUAUUAUUCUUCAGAUGAAUAUUGAACAAAAUGAAGAAUUAAACAUGAGAAACAGUAGCUGAAAAA